AUGUCCGACGAAAAAGACAUUUCCUACGAGGAAGACGUCAAAAAGACGACAAUAACGACAACUUCUACAUCUGACGAGGUGCAAGUGGAAACCGAAACAACUGAAAAGUCUGAGGAAGAAAAAGAGUAUCUGCGCAAGCUCAAUUGGAUUGUAUUGCCUUUCGCUGGCAUGACCAUCUUUUUGAACUUCUGCGACAAAUCCGCACUGAGUGUGGGCCCGGUUUUGGGAUUGAAUGCCGACUUGGGCUUAACAGGUCAGGAAUUCAGCUUGCUUGGAAGUUUAUUUUAUUUGGGUCAUUUGGUUUAUCAGCUUCCUAACCAAUUCAUGUUGCAACGAGUGCCUCAUGCAAGAUAUCUGGGUGUGCUGCUCUGUAUUUGGGGCUUGGUAAUGACGUUGACUGCAUUGACACAGAACUUUGCACAAAUGGCAGCGUGUCGAUUCUUGUUGGGUUUGUUUGAAGCGGCUGCCAUGCCAACCUUGUAUUUGGUCACGUCAAUCCUGUAUCGUCGCUCGGAACAAACUCUUGUCUUUGGUUUUAUCACUCUUUGUAACGGUGUGGGUGCUGCUGUCGGCUCAGCGAUAGCAUACGGUAUUGCACACAUGGGACAUCCGAAUGGAAUUCAAAACUGGCGAUGGAACCAUUACAUCUUUGGUGCACUUACCAUUCUUCAUGGCUUUAUUGUCUAUUUCUUUAUGGUCGAUACACCCAAGCACAAGAAACUCAAGUUGACACCUGCCGAGGAACGUAUCGCUGAUGCUCGUAUGAAGGACAAUGCCGUGACACAGCACAGAGAGUUCAAGUACGCUCAGAUCUGGGAAUGUCUUAAGGAAGCGCGCUGGUAUCUCUUGGUGAUCGCAGCCUUUUGUAUCAGUAUGCAGAAUGGUGGAAUGCUUGUGUACAGCACAACCUUCACCAUGGCUCUUGGCUUCUCUCCCCUUGAUUCCAUGCUUCUUCAAAUUCCUAGCGGUUUUGCAUCCUCUCUUGGUGUCCUUGCAGCCAUGCUCAUCGCCAGAAAGACUGGCCAGCUUCUUUACACCGGUAUUGGUCUGCUCAUUAUUGGUAUGAUCGGUCUUGUUCUCCUCUGUGCCAUCCCCGAGGGUGAAGUCAAGUUACUCGGCUUUUAUUUGAGUUGGGCAGGCACGGGUGCCUACUCACUCUUGCUGACAUAUGUUGGCAACAAUGCCAAGGGCUAUACCAAAAAGAUCUUUUACAAUGGCUGCAUUGUAGCUGCCUACACACUUGGUAACUUUGCAGGUCCAUUGAUGAUGGUUGAGCACGAGGCACCUCGCUAUUUGAGCGGUGUUGGCGGUUACCUUGCUGGUUUUGGUGUCGCCGCUAUUGCCUUUUUGAUUGUCCGUAUCCAGGCCGCAAGAACUAACAAGAAACGUAUUGCAAACGGCGCCGUAGGUGACGUGAAUCUUGCCCUUGAUCUUACUGACCAGGAGGAUGAGCAAUUCUUGUACCGCGUCUAA